CACCAAGGAGCAGUGCUGCUCAGCAGCAGUAAGAGACGGACUCUGUGACAAAGGCGUCAAGAUGGCCGAGUGGCAAGAGGCCUGUGAGACGCCCUUCUUCCAAGGAGAACCCUUGGAAAUCCAAAUCUCUAAGACGUGCUGUGACUGCUGUGCGCUCGGCCUGAUAACAGCGAGCCGAGGUUCCAGCUGCAGCUUCCAGGGUUUGUUGCUGCUGGAAACGUGUUUGCACACAGCCAGAGCCUGCUGUGAAAAAAGUACAAAAGCAGAAACCAAACCAACUGAAAAUGAGAUUGAGCUUCGCGCUGUGCAGAGGUGCUGUCAGGAUGGGAGGGAUCAGGCCCAUUUAGGACAAUACUGUACAACCCGCUCCUUCUUCUCCUCAUCCUACACCUGCAGCAUCACCAAGGGGCAGUGCUGUUCAGCAGCAGUAGGAGAAUGGUUCUGUGACAACGGCAUGAAGACGGCCAAGGAGAAAGGGACCUGUCACAGACUCCUUUCCAAAGCAGAGCACUGGGAAAUCCAAAUGUCUAAGAUGUGCUGUGACUGCUGUUUGCUCGGCCUGAUGACAGCGAGCCAGAAUUCCAGCUGUGAUUUCCAGGGUUUGUUGCUUGGUAGAAAGUGUUUGCACUCAGCUAAAGCCUGCUGUGAAAAUUACACAACAGCAAUCGAACCGACUGCAAAUGCACCAGUGACAGAAAGCCUUAAUUUCACCUGGUCUUGGAAUCAUGUCGACCCCUGUAAAGACUUAAACUGCUCCCAGUUGUGUGAAGGUAACGGUACGUGUGCGUGCUUUGCUGGUUAUAAACUGCAAAAAGAUGGAGUGAGUUGUCAAGAGAUUGAGCUUUCUACUGUACAGAGGUGCUGCCGGGAUGGAAGGGAUCGGGCCCUUGCAGGACAACACUGUACAUCCACCCCUCCCAUCUCAUCUCCCAACAUCUGCAACAUCACCAAGGAGCAGUGCUGCUCAGCAGCAAUAAGAGACGGACUCUGUGACAAAGGCGUCAAGAUGGCCGAGUGGCAAGAGGCCUGUGAGACGCCCUUCUUCCAAGGAGAACCCUGGAAAAACAAAAUCUCUAAGACGUGCUGUGACUGCUGUAUGCUCGGCCGGAUGACGGCGAGCCGAAGUUCCAGCUGCAGCUUCCAGGGUUCGUUGCUGCUGGAAAAUUGUUUGCACACAGCCAGAGCCUGCUGUGAAAAAAGUACAACAGCAGAAACCAAACCAACUGGAAAUGAGGUUGAGCUUCGUGUCAUGCAAAAGUGCUGUCAGGAUGGGAGGGAUCAGGCCCUUUUAGGACAAGACUGUACAACCGUCUCCUUCUUCUCCUCAUCCUACACUUGCAGCAUCACCAAGGGGCAGUGCUGUUCAGCAGCAGUAGGAGAAUGGUUCUGUGACAAGGGCAUGAAGAUGGCCAAGAAGGAAGGGACGUGUGACGGAGUCUUACCCAACGGAGAGCCCUGGGAAACCCAGAUGUCUAAGAUGUGCUGUGACUGCUGUUUGCUCGGCCUGAUGACAGCGAGCCAGAAUUCCAUCUGUGAUUUCCAGGGUUUCUUACCUGGGAGACAGUGUUUGGACUCAGCUAAAGCCUGCUGUGAAAAAAACACAACAGUAAUCAAACCGACAACAAAUGCAUCAGUGACAGAAAGCCCUCAGGUCAGCAGUACCACCAUGUCUCAGGAGGGGUUAAACACCUGUAGAGACUUAAACUGCUCCCAGUUGUGUGAAGGUAACGGUACGUGUGGGUGCUUUGCUGGUUAUAAACUGCAAAAAGAUGGAGUGAAUUGUCAAGAGAUUGAGCUUUAUACUGUACAGAGGUGCUGUCAGGAUGGAAGGGAUCGGGCCCUUGCAGGACAACACUGUACAUCCACCCCUCCCAUCUCAUCUCCCAACAUCUGCAACAUCACCAAGGAGCAGUGCUGCUCAGCAGCAGUAAGAGACGGACUCUGUGACAAAGGCGUCAAGAUGGCCAAGUGGCAAGAGGCCUGUGAGACGCCCUUCUUCCAAGGAGAACCCUGGAAAAACAAAAUCUCUAAGACGUGCUGUGACUGCUGUAUGCUCGGCCGGAUGACGGCGAGCCGAAGUUCCAGCUGCAACUUCCAGGGUUUGUUGCUGACGGAAAGUUGUUUGCACACAGCCAGAGCCUGCUGUGAAAAAAGUACAACAGCCGAAAUCGGACCAAAUGAAAAUAAGAUUGAGCUUCGCGCUGUACAGACGUGCUGUCAGGAUGGAAGGGAUCGGGCCUAUUUAGGACAACACUGUACAACCCUCUCCUCCUUCUUCUCCUCCUCAUACAGUUGCAGUACCACCAGGGAGCAGUGCUGUUCAGCUGCAGUUGGAGAAUGGUUCUGCAAAAAUGGCACUGAGCUGGCCAAGGAGAAAGGGACCUGUCAUGGACUCCUACCCAAAGGAGAGCCCUGGGAAACCCAAAUGUCUAAGAUGUGCUGUGACUGCUGUUUGCUCGGCCUGAUGACAGCGAGCCAGAAUUCCAGCUGCGAUUUCCAGGGUUUCUUACCUGGGAGACAGUGUUUGGACUCAGCUAAAGCCUGCUGUGAAAAAAACACAACAGUAAUCAAACCGACAACAAACGCCCUGUGA